AUGGUCAAGCAUCCGUGGUCAUCUUUCUUGCGGUCUGGAUUAAUUACUUGUGAUUUAUUUUUACAUUCACAGCAGGGUAUAUGUACUGUUAUCUUAUGGAGACAAAGAGAAUCGCCUUUGUCUGGCACAUUCAAAAUAUACCGUUUACUGAUAAAUUAUCAGACCUUAGGAAUCGCCGAAGAUGGAUGUUGGCAGAUCGCAAUCAUUUCCUCGAUCGUUUGCGUGUGAAGCGUCGUCACGUGGUGAGCAGUUUGCCUCUUUUAUCCAGCCUGCUAUGUAUUUUUCUCAUAUAUUGUUACAAUCAAGGCAUAAGUCAAAAUAUUGUGAAAUAUUGCACGUCAUUUCGCCUGAAGAAUGAGCGGCUAGAUUGUAGUUGGCAGCCAGGCCCCGUAUUACAGGUUGCUGGGGGGUUUGUUUACUGGGGCUAUGUUGUGGGCCUCCAUAAUCACAUCUGAUCCAUUUGGCUUUCGUCUUACGUUUGAGGUUAGGGUUAGGGUACCGGUUAAUGGUUUCCGUUUUUCGGUUUAGGGUUAUACAUUUAGGCUUAGGUUUUAUGGUUAUGGUUAGGGUUUGAGCGUGCAACUAGGUUUCAGUAUUACGGUUAGGUUUCUCAAUUACAUCCACAUACUACUGUCUUUUGCAAAAUCAAUAAGGUCUUAUUCAUCUCAAAUACGGAUUCAGCAAAACAGAAAGGAAAGCAUUGCAGAGGAACCCAGUCGCCACUGGUUAGCCAUGCUCGUGGGAAAGCAGGUUUUCAACUGGAACGCAUUUUUCGGGCAAAUUGCGCAGAUCUGUGAAGAUUUCACAAGAAAUCCUGUCACGUGAUCAAUAUUUUGAACUCCAUAGGUCAGGCAGUGCAAUUUCGGACAGUCCGCGACAAAGUGCUUCAAAAAUCAUAUGUAG